AUGGGAAGACGCGACGACCGACCGCCGCCUGACUCUCCACCACAGCGACGCCCUGAACCCAGCUACCGCUUCGAUAGCUACGAAGACGGCAAAGCGAAAUGGGCGCCGCAGACGCCAACAGAAGAGCCGCGAGACAACCGAGACUACCGCGAUAACCGACGAGACUCGCGGCGGCAUCAGGAGCGCUACGAGCAAGAUGACCCGCCGCCGCCUCCAAAAGAAUCUCGACCACGUCCGCGCAGAAGAAGAUCGUACUCGUCCGGGUCAGACUCCGACGCGCCGCCAGCAAAGCCCCCGCGACGAAGCAACACACAGCGUGACCGCCGCCCGCGUGAUCGCGACACGUACGAUUCAUACGAUGAGCACCCUCGCCGCGAUGACCGCCGCCGAGACAACCGCGGUUAUGUGAGCGAUGACCGCCACAACAGACCACGCAAGGACGACUACGACGACCGAGAUCGCAGAGACCGCCGCUACGACGACCGGGACAGGAGCAGGGACCGCAGCCGAGACCGCGACAGACGUCGAGACGGUCGAGACGAUCGAGACAAGAGGGACCGUUACCGCGACGAUCGUAGGGAUGACCGCCGAGACGACCGCCGAGACGACCGUCGAGACGACCGCAAGGAGGGAACUCCCUACGAUGCUCUCUUCAAAAUGUUCGCGGAUUCGCGCGGCGGCUCGCGGCGUGACGACAGAGACCGACGAGACCGCUACGACGACCGGGACUACGACCGGCGAGGAGACCGACCAGCUGGCAGAUCCGGACAGCCUGAGUGGCAGAAGCAGGCCAUGAGCAUGUUCACAGCCUACGCGCUGCCCAUCAUUAAGAAGGAAGGUACAAAGUACCUGCACAAGCAAGCUGGCAACCUCAUGGGAGGAGGAUCGAAGCGCUAG